GUGAGAGGCAGAAGCAGGCGACCCACGCUGUGUGAGACUCUUGCUGACACCACAACGUUAGUGUAAACCUUCGCUCAGACACAUUCAAGAUACAUUUGGAUUAUUACACGUUUCUUCAUUCACCAGUGCAGAUACAUCAGUGUUAGUCCUCUGUAAGCAGCCACUGAAGAGAGCCAGGAAGUAAGCACUUACAGUUUUGGUACAGAAGGGCGCAGCGGGGGGGCAGAGAGGCGAGCGCAUGAGGAGAGGGUGUCCCGAGACCCCCGUCUCCACACACCGCGCUCACUCACACAAGUUCACGGACAUAUACCGCCUAGCAACCCUCCAGCCGCCAUGAGAUCCAUUCGGUCAUUCGGGAACGAUGACCGUCACGUCAUGGCGAAGCACUCCACCAUCUACCCAUCCUCUGAGGAGCUCGAGGCGAUACAGAAUCUCGUCUCCACCGUGGAGGGUGCCCUCAAACACGUAUCCGAUUGGAUAGACCAAGCUCAAACCAGCCAAUCAAAUGCAUCCAGCACACAGGAAGAGGAGACAGAGACCAGCGCGGAUGAAUCGCUAGAAGGCAGCACAAAUGAGAGCAGCAGCUGUAGCAGUGGUCCUGCUGGUGCUGGUGGUGGUGGAGUUUUAUGUGGUGUGAUGAGGAUCGGUCUGGUGGCCAAAGGCCUGUUGAUUAAAGGCGACAUGGACCUGGAGCUAGUGCUCAUGUGCAGAGAGAAACCCACCCAAACACUUCUGAGCACAGUCUGUGACAACCUGCCCCUGCAGAUACAGAAGCAAACAGAGGAUAAGUAUGAGGUGCAGAGCUGUAUUCCCGAGGCUGCUAUCCAAGUGUGCACUAUGACAGAACCUAAACUCACCCUGAAGAUCACGCUCACCUCCCCAGAGAUUAGAGAUGACUGCGAGACGGGGGAGCAAGAGAGCGUUGAGUCGAGCGAGCCGGUGGACCUGUUGGAUAGACAGAGGUGCCUGGUGGCGUUGGCCUCUCUGCGACAUGCCAAAUGGUUCCAGGCUAGAGUUAACUGCCUAAAGUCAUGCGUGAUCAUCUUGCGAAUACUUAGAGACAUGUGCAAUAGACUUCCGGCGUGGGAGCCACUGAAAGGAUGGCCUUUGGAGUUAAUAUGUGAAAAGGCCAUCGCCACGUGUAACAGACCUCUGGGAGCAGGAGAAGCAUUGCGUCGGGUCAUGGAGUGCCUCGCCUCAGGCAUACUUCUGCCAGAUGGACCAGGCCUGCAUGAUCCCUGUGAGAAGGAGCCCACUAACACGCUGUCAGCCAUGACAGAUGAGGAGGCGGAGGCCAUCACAUACAGUGCACAGCAUUAUCUGCGGCUCAUGGCAUUUGGGCAGAUCAAUAAGGUGUUAGAAAUGGACCCUCUCCCUUCAAGUAAACCUUCACAGAAAUACCCCUGGUCAGACAGAGAAGGUCUAGGGCUAAAGAGACCUUAUGAAGACGGUCUGCUGGAUGACAAAGAUCUCAUCAAGAAGAUGAAACGCAACCUGAGAAAAGUUCUUGACAGUAAAGCAAUAGACUCAAACCAACCCAUGAACGCUCUCAUGCGCUUGAACCAGAUCCGGCCGGGACUGCAGUAUAAACUGCUGUCUCAGUCUGGUCCGGUUCACGCCCCCGUCUUCACCAUGUCUGUAGACCUCGACGGCACUAUUUACGAGGCCUCCGGCUCCUCGAAGAAGACAGCCAAGUUGCACGUGGCUGUAAAGGUGCUGCAAGCAAUGGGUUACCCCACAGGCUUCGACAUUGACCUGGACUCCAUGAGUGCAGACGAGAAGUCAGAUGGGGAGGGCAAGAGCGAGACGUCCACACACUUAAGCAAUAAUACAUUACACUCCUCAGACAACUCCAACAUGCUGGAGGUGCGAACUCAGGGUCCUAUUUUGACGGCCAGUGGGAAGAACCCGGUAAUGGAGCUCAAUGAGAAACGUCGAGGCCUGAAGUACGAGCUCAUCUCCGAGAGUGGAGGAAGUCACGACAAACGCUUCGUCAUGGAGGUGGAAGUGGACGGGCAGAAGUUUCGGGGCGCAGGACCCAAUAAGAAAGUAGCCAAAGCCAGCGCUGCCCUCGCAGCUCUUGAGAAACUGUUCUCUGGGCCCAAUGCAGCUGGCAACAAGAAGAAAAAAAUAAUCCCUCAGACUAAAGGGGCAUUAGCUGCAGCCGCUGCUGUGUCUGCCACCACGGUCCAGGCGGCACGGGGAAGAGGAAGACCCACCCUCAUGCGAGGAGCUUUCGUCAGCUCUGCCGCAGCACCAGGAUAUGUCACACAAGGCUUUGGAGCUCCCUACGGGUACAGCGCAGCGGCCGCCACUCCUGCAUACGGUUUGCCCAAGAGAAUGCUUCUGUUGCCCAUCAUGAAAGUGCCCGCCUACCCAGUCCCCCACUACUCCUUCUUUUAGCUCAGGAGCCCACCAUACAGACACAAACACAUACACAGCUUAAAUUGACAUCAGAAGGGAAGGCCAAAUAGCACAAUCUUAUAAAAUGCAUGGCCAGAUUUAAGGGUAUUUGUAAAGUGUUUUUUAUUUUGUUCUCUGUCUUUUGAUUUUAACUUUAAUACAGGUUUUAUGUUCUUCAGAAAGACUUGAAGGAUUUGUACUGUGAAUUGUUACCUCAUUCUUGGAAAUUUAAAUUAUAUCAGCAUUUCUUUUUUUGUUAUGGUUGUUUGUUUUUAUGUAGAAUGAGAAUAGGCUGUGUUUUUACACAGGCGUAAUCUAUGUAUGAAUAUCAGGAGCUGUGUUAAAGAUGUAUAGAUCUAAUUCAAACUACUGCUGACAAAUAAACCUUUAUCUUCA